AUGCUCUUAUCGCCUUUCCUUGAUAAAAAGGUCGUGGGUACUCAUACACCGUCUCCAUGUAUUGCCUCAGCUCGAGGCGAUGCAUCAGGUGGCGUUCAAUCGGGGUUUCUCUGCCCUACUCUUUUUCGGAAUAGAAAGUUGAUUGGGUGUGAACAGAUUACUCUCAUUCAGGAGGUUAGCAAGUCGGUUGUGUUCAAGAAACUAUAUGCCACUGGUUCAUCAUCAUCAUCGUCGUCUGAUGAUUCUUCCUAUCAUCAUCUUCGACAGCAUGAUGUUUGUUCUACGCUUGCUAGCACAAUUCACUGCGUGCUUGAUGGGAUGAUCAUGAAACCAAUUCGAAAUGAAGAUACUAAUGAGUUUGAGGAAAUGACCACAACAGCCGCUGGUUGUCAUGGAGCUGCUAACAAUCUUGAGAGUAAAGAUGUGGUCGAGAAAGGAAGUCAAAUUUCGUUUUUGAGCAAGGAGGAUGUUUGUUCUACGCUUGCUAGCACAAUUCUUUGCGUGCUUGAUGGGAUGAUCAUGAAACCAAUUCAAAGGGAAGGUACUAACGAGCUUGAGGAAUUGAAGACAACAGCAGCCGGUUGUCAUGGAGCUGCUAACAGUUUUGAGAGUACAGAUGUAGUCGAGAAAGGAAGUCAAAAUUCGUUACAGAGCAAGGGCAAGAGGCAGAAUUAUUCAAUACAUACGAACCCUCUAUUUGAGAGUGAACAACCCAAUCUAGUUUUUGAGAGCAACAGUAAGCCGGGGCCUAUUUGUGAGAGUAAAAAUUCAACAAAUAUUCGAUUGAGGUGUAAACAAGAUAAAAAGGCUGUGGGUAUUCAGAGAACGUCUCCGUAUCUUGCCCCAGCUCGAGGAGAUGCAUCAAUUACUGUUCAAUCAAGGUUUCUGCAGCCUACUCUUAUUCGGGAUGGAAAGUUGAUUGGGUGUGAGAAUCGGCAGGGUAAAGAUAAGCAAUCAACUUCUGUCAUGGAGCGUACAAGGAAAUCUCACAUAGUUGACUUGACUAGGAAACAGGAACUAGAUGUUGUGAACAUUCAUAGGAUGAUUCCUAUGGGUGGCAAGCCGAUUGAGUCUCAGAAACACAAGGGACAGAAAAAACAAUUAAGUUCUGUUAUGGAGCGUAGAAUCGUCACCCGUGUUGUCCCAUGUAGAUGUAGAAGGAAAUCAGAAUAUACCGGUUUGGUGACCAAACAAAAUAAACAAGUAGUGGGUACCCAAAGAACCAUUACGGGUGUUGAACGACCAACUCUCAGUCAGAAAGAUAGCAGGUCGAUUGGGUCUGAAAAACUCCUGGGAUCUAAGAAACUACAAAGUUCUGUUGUACAGAGUAAAAAGAAGCCAGGGAUCAUCGACUCAAGCAGGAAAAAUCAUAUAAACGUUAUGAGUACACGUAAAGGUUUUGUUGAUGAGAGAUAUCUUCAGUCAAUUUCCAAAAACAAACCAGGAAACAUUGACUCAAGCAGGAAGAAUGAGAUGAAGGUUGUGAGUACGCGUAAAGAUUUGGUUGAUGAGAGGCUUCUUCAGUCGGUAUCCAAAAAGAAACAAGGAAACAUUCACCCUAGCAGAAAAAAUGAUAUAAAGGUUGUGGGUACGCUUAAAGAUUUUGUUGAUGGGAGGUAUCUCCAGGCUGUAUCCAAACAGAAGAAUGUUAAAGCUGUUCCUCAAGUACCACCUUGUAAAGGUUGCAAAAUCAGUUCUAAUUCGGAGCUCAAACCUCAGUGGAACUUCUAGACUAAGACGGUGACCAUGAGCUCCAAGCAAAGCCAUACAAUCUAUACAACCAGGGAUGUUUCUAGACAUGUUUUUUUAUAUUAAAUAGAUUAAACUUGCUAGAGACUUACUUUUAUUCUUGUGUAUGCAGGUUAGGAAGAGUGCACACAACUCAACCAGUUAUCUCCAGUUUUUAAUCGUGAGGCAAGCUUUAAAUAUAGGUAAGCAGUUGCGAGGGUAAAGGUAUGUCAUAAUCGAA